AUGAGCACACGAGGAAAACAAGUCGUGUUGAGGGACAGAAGGGAUGCCCUUCAAGCUCAAGCUGGGUCUCCACGGAAAACAGUGAUUGCGAACCUCAUGCCUCCAUGGAAGUCGUUCGAUUCUUUGGCUAUCCUUCUUCAUCAGAUUCCAGACGAGGCCGAUGCAGCUUGUAUAUGGCAUUCUUUCAAAAACGAAGGGCACAUUUUCUCCAUCGACCUCUUCGAGAACUUUCAGGGAAAACGAACCUCGCGAGGGAAGAUACGCUUCAGGCCGCCUCCCAUUAAGGACUUUUGGAGCCAAGGCAGCUACACCAUUCAUCUGCCUGGUGGUCGGUCGGCCACCAUUUCCGUCAAGCCUGAGCUCAGUUCACCGAACGACCGCAUCCAGUCUCCUUCCCAUCCGGACGUACAUUAUCCAGUAGAGGUUAAGGUUCCACUCGUUUCUCUGAAUAUUGGUGUCAUGGUCGGUGAGAACGUCUUUUUACCAAUGCGGACAGUUGAGAAUCCACCCGGCGGUGGCCUUUGUAUUGUUCUUGACAUGAGGUCCAGAGCUAUGCUCGUUCAAUUUCAGAUCCAAAUCUUUGACUCCACCAAUAAGAAGACCUCCGUGCGUGAAACCUACAGAAACUACCAGAUUAGAAUUCCCUUCGUGCAGCUGAAUGGAGUUACUCAGAGGCGCAACGCGGACACCAGGUCGAUCUCACAUCUGACUAUCCUUGACUCCCCUCCUAUUUAUCAGCGGCGGAUAGAUGAUAUCAGGUCGACAUUCCUGGAGGACCAUCAUUGGAGGGAUGCGGACACAUGGUAUAGACAAACUCAGAUCGUCCACCAGCCGCGGAGGCUGUCUGGUCUUCCCCUCAGCCUACAAAGGCAACAUUCAGUCAUUGACUUAGGUCGUUGGACAGCUUUCGAGUUCAACUUCCGAGAUGGUUGUGAGGACCUAGGGCAAUUUCAGACCCUGUGCGAGAUACUCAAGGACUACAACAUCAAAGUGAAAGAGAGUAACUACGACAUCAAAGCUGAUGGCAGCAAGGAGAGGACUCCCCCUAUCUGGAAGUGGAUCGACUUGACAGAGACCCAAGCCUCUCCAAACAGCAAGGCUCCCGAGAUCUCGACCUCACUGCAGUCUCUGUCUGACUCGACCUAUGUUUACCUUCCGUUUGCCGUCCGAUAUCAAUUGGAGGUUUGCAUUUCCAACGGAUACCUCUCAGAAUUCAGUAUGACACGCGAGUUCGCUGCAAGACUGGCUGAGCUAGAGGAUACCAGAGCCAAGAAGCUCCUAGAGCACGUGGCAACACAAAAGCGAGUUUACCACAACCCUCUGGAAAUUUUCGAUCUCAAAUUUAUCAAAGGAGUGACAGAUGCGAAAAUACCACCCUACUGUUGCUAUAUGCGCUCCGCCAGGAUAACUCCAACCACUAUCUACUUCAACUCACCCACAGUCGACAUAUCAAACAGGAUCAUUCGACGUUAUGUCGAGCACGCAGAUCGAUUCCUUCGUGUAAGGUUCACGGAUGAGAAGCUUCUGGGUCGUAUUAACUCAACCAUGGAUAACACAAGGAACGAAAUCUUCACUCGCAUCAAGAGAGCCUUGGCCAAUGGCAUAGUCAUCGGUGACAGGCACUACGAGUUUCUUGCAUUCGGAAAUUCGCAGUUUCGCGAACACGGCGCUUACUUCUUCGCCCCGCUGCCGGGCCUCACAACUAGCAACAUUCGCAAGUGGAUGGGCCACUUUAGCCAUAUACGCAACGUCGCUAAGCAUGCAGCACGGCUAGGGCAAUGUUUUUCAACCACCAGGGCGAUAGCUGGCUGCCCUGUGCAGAUCCGAAAGAUCAACGACGUAGAGCGUAAUGGCCAUGUCUUCUCUGACGGCGUCGGAAGAAUAUCAAGAUUUCUUGCACAAAUGGCAAUGACAGAAUUGAAAAUCAAAACACCAUCUGGUGACCCUCCUUCCGCGUUUCAGUUUCGCCUUGGAGGAUGCAAGGGCAUGCUCGUUGUUUCUCCUGAAGCUCAGCCCCAAGAGGUUCAUAUUCGCAAGAGCCAAUACAAGUUCACCGCAAUUCAUAACAACUUGGAGAUCAUUCGCUGGUCUCAGUUUAGCAUCGCUACGCUUAACCGACAACUGAUUGUCGUUCUGUCGACCUUGGGCAUACCCGACAAUGUGUUUCAUGAUAAGCUUCAGGACAUGCUUCAGAAUCUUGAUCAAGCCAUGGAAAAUAAUUCCCUGGCAAUCUCGCUUCUUAGGAGAUAUGUCGAUCCGAAUCAAAAAACACUCACUGUCAGUGAAAUGAUAUCCGACGGGUUCAUGAUGUCUCGGGAGCCAUUCCUGACAUCGGUGAUGGCCUUAUGGAGAGCUUGGCACCUCAAGUACCUGAAAGAGAAAGCAAAAAUAGUAAUUGAGCGAGGUGCUAAUCUCCUGGGAUGUAUGGAUGAGACUGGUAUACUCAGAGGAUUCUACUAUAACAAUAUCCCCAAGGACAAUGAGCCCCUCGAAAAACAGCUGGCGGCGCUACCCCAAAUCUUCUUGCAAAUCUCCCAACCCGAGGCAGAAGGCAGUGAAGAUGGGAAGACGUACACCAUAGUUGAAGGUGUCUGCAUACUGGCUCGAAAUCCAUCCCUUCACCCCGGUGACAUCCGGGUGGUUAGAGCUGUUGACGUCCCGCAGUUGCACCAGCUUCACGACGUAGUUGUAUUGCCCCAGACCGGUGAUCAAGAUAUCGCCAGCAUGUGUUCCGGUGGAGACCUUGAUGGCGAUGACUACCUGGUCAUUUGGGAUCAAGAUCUACUGCCCCAGGAUUGGUUUCGUCCACCUAUGAGAUACACCAGCAAGAAGGCCCCAGACUUGGAUCACGAUGUCACUGUUGAUGAAAUCACAUCUUUUUUUGUGACUUACAUGAAGAACGAUUGCCUUCCGAUGAUUGCACAUGCACAUCUUGCAUGGGCUGAUCGUCUGGACAAUGGAGUCAAUGAAGACAAAUGUCUGCGACUAGCGCAGCUGCAUUCGGAUGCUGUGGAUUACAACAAGACUGGGAUCCCAGCAGCUAUGACUCGCAACCUCCAGCCUCAUAUGUGGCCUCAUUUUAUGGAGAAGAAGGGGAAGGGGCCUGACAAGAUCUAUCGAUCGAAAAAGAUUCUGGGUCAGCUUUACGACGCCGUGGAACGCGUUGACUUUACACCCAGUCUUGGGAUGCCAUUCGACAAGCGAAUCCUCGACUGCAAACUGCAAGUGAGUGAGAAACUCUAUCAAUUUGCCAAAGAUCUUAAGAUCGAAUAUGAUACGGCGACCCUUCGCAUCAUGGCCCAACAUGAAAUCAAGACUGAAUUCGAAGUCUGGUCGACUUUUGUUCUCAGCCAUGCGAACAUGAGUAAGGAUUUCAAGUUUCAUGAGGAGAUCGGAACCCUAGCCCUGGGUCACAUUGAGAGCUUCAAAAAGAGGUGCUAUACCGAAGUUGGUGGCCGCAAUUUCGAGCAGCUGGCACCUUUAGCGCUUGCUAUGUACCGCGUCACGCAUUCGGAUAUAGCCGCUGCCCUGAAGAAGCACCGCGAAGAUUCUCACCGAGAAGCCGGUGGAGAGUCCUCACAGCAGAAGCCUGAAAUGAGUCAAUGGCCGCUGAUCAGCUUUCCGUGGAUUUUCCCCCAUGUUCUCGGCAAAAUUGCAAAAGCAGGCACCAAAGAAACGGAAGAUGUCCUGGAUGAUGAUCCGUUUGGCCUAUUUGAGGGUGAGACUGUCGCUAAAUCAUCCCAUCCUCAUCAGAUCACCAACAUCGCCAAUGGCAAGACCGCAAAUGUCCAGUCGCUUGAAGACCUCCUCGAUUUCGGCCUCUCGGAUACUCCCAGGCCUUCGGCCCUGUCUGCCACAGAGUCACCAGACUCGGCAGCAAACCUGCUUGAAGUUUGUGACACCGUGGCCAAGAUGAAGCUUGAACCUGGCAAGCUUUCCGAGAAUAUGAAGCUGGAUUCCGAGAGUACAAAGGUGGAUUCUGAUACUAGAUCCGAGUGUCUUGACCUCGUUGAAGAGGAGACCUUGGAGCCGACCACGGUCGAUAAGCUGAAUGCGCUGCUCGGUCUUUUCUAG